CUGAGCUAGAGUUCUACAUGGGCCACUGGGCCUGAUCCUCAAACGAAAAGGGAAAAGGAGGACGUUGCUGCGAGUUUAUCGAUGGCGAUCGCCGCCGCUCGCCGGCGCCUGUGGCGCGGGAUAAGGACUGCAGCCGCCGCUUCAGGCGCGGACGCGGGCGCGGACGCACCCCUGCUCGCGCGGCUGGUCGCGGAGCCGGAGUUCCGCGUUAAGGCCACCAUGGAGGAGGCGAGCUCCUCGGCGCCGCACCGCGACGCCGCCUUCUGGGAGCCCCUGGCCGCGGCCCUCCUCCGCGCUUCCUCCCUCGGCAAGGCUCACCUCGUCUUGGAAUGGAAGCUAGAGAAGCUACUGAAGGAAGGGGUUCAUAAUCAUAGCUGUGAACCUUACUCGACAAUCAUCCGUUUCUGCGGAGAGACAAGGAAUGCAGCACUUGCAAUGAGAGUCUUCGAGGGUGUGGAGGCACAGGGAAUUCAACUGAACACUGGCAUUUUCAAUGCCCUUAUUAAUGCUUUCCUGUCAGUUGGAGAUCUCCUUGCUGCAGUGACCUUAUACGAGACCAUGGAAGGCAUGGAGGACUGCAAACCUGACUCUGCUACAUAUGAUGCCUUCAUAUCUGCAUUCUCGCGAAUCGGAAGUGGUGAUGCUAUGAUGAGCUGGUACUUGGCUGCAAAGAAUGCAGAAUUCAUUCCAAGUAUUCAAACUUUUGAAUCUUUGAUAGUUGGACUUGUUCGGUUGAACAGGCUAGAUGAUGAUGAGGUAGUUUUUGAAGAAAUGAUUUCCUUUGAAAUUAAGCCGAACUUUACUAUUUUGGAGGCCCAGCUUGAGGUGCUUUCUAGAACAAAGGAGGCUAAUAGGGUCAAGAGAUUCAUAAAAAAAUUUAGUGAUGGCAAUUGGGAGCUGAAUAAAGCUACUGUGGGCAGGCUAACAAGAUUGUGCUUGGAUGGAUGUGAAGUUGAUCAAAUGGAGCAACUGCUUGCCUUGAUACAAACGGGAGUGGACUUGAGUUCUGUGACACGACUGCAUUCUGGAAUUAUUAGGUUCUAUGCUAGUACAGAUCGCUUGCCAGAUAUGGAAAAUGCAAUAUGCCGGAUGUUUGAUGAUGGCAUGACGUUUAUGUGCCCAGAGGAUGUUGAGGCUGUCAUAUGUUCAUAUUUUCGUCAAAAGGAUUUUGAUAGGUUGGACAUGUUCUUAAACCGCAUCCGAAGUUUGUACAGGCUCACCCGUUCUACCUAUGAUAUAUUGGUUGCUGGAUUUCGGAGGUUUGAUUUACAUCAACCACUUGAUUCAACCAUAAAAGAUAUGAGGGAAGCUGGAUUUGCAUGAGGUCAGGGACAGAGACAAGAAGGGGAGGGUGGCACACCAUGGUUUAGGAAAGAUCUCUCACAGAGAUAAAGUAUCAUGUCGGAUUGUUAGCGUGAGAAGAACAAACUUAGCUGGGCGUUGCUUGGUAGUGCAGCUGUAUCUAUUUGGCGAAGAUGUCACAUAGCUUUAGAAUCUGUGUCUGUUUCUAUAGUGAGAAGAGGUUUUAACCUCGAUUUUGCAAGAGGCGUUACACUUGGAAAGAACAUCAAUGAGAGGUGGAUUGGGCUGAAGUGUUGUUAGCAGCCUAACAUGUCAUCUAGGUACGAGUUUGCUAGAUCUUGCUGAUUUGAUGCGUUGUCAUAUCAGAAGCUCUUUAUAGCAAACCCUCUUGAUUGUAAAACAUGAUGUGGUAUAUGUGAAUGUGAUAGCCCCUUGUCUGAAGUAAUUUCCAGAAAUAUUGAAUAUUUUGCUUCCA